AUGUCCUCCGCCGACGAGCUCUUCCACAACGGCCAGAUCCGGCCAAUGCGGCUCGCGUCCUUCCUGCUCCGCCCGCAGGCGCUCCCGCCGCUCGACGGAGACGUCCCCGCCGGCAACCCGCCGUCACAGCCGCCUUCGGAGCCGCCGGCGCCUGCGGCCGGGGCGGACGAGCGCGGCCGUCUCCGGAGCCGGUCCGUGUACCGCCGGUACCGCUCCCUCUCCCCGUUCCUCACCCACUGGCUCGCCGUCCUCGUCGCCUGCUCCGGCGGCGAAGUCCGUGGAGCCAGCAGCGGCGGCCCCCCGUCGGCGUCGCGGUCGUCGUCCUCGGCGUCCUCUGCUUCCUACUCGUCGUCGUCAAGAAGCUACUACCGCAGGUGGGGUUUCUUGAAGGGCAUCCUCCACCGGAGCAAGUCCGACGGCGGCGAGCACCCACCUCUCCCCUCCAACUCGUCGCCUCCGCCGGCGCACAAGAGGAACCCCUCCCCGUCCCCGGCGGCGGCAUCACGAGGCCGCGGGAGGGCGAGGAGGUCGGCGCACGCGCGGCUGUACGAGGCCCGGCGCGCAGAGGCGGAGGAGAUGCGGCGGCGCACGUUCCUGCCGUACCGGCAGGGCGGCCUCCUCCUCGGCUGCCUCGGGCUCGGUUCCCGCGGCUUCGGCGCCAUGCACGGCCUCGCCGCCGCCGGCAAGGCCAGACCGUGA